CUCACCCCACCCUGGAAGGCCAGUCUCUAGCUGGAAGAAUUGGGGAAGCAAUUGGGGACUUAGAACCAGUCAUCCUUCCCCAAAAGGCAAAAAAGCAAAGAAGUAAAAAAUGAAGAUGAACUACCUUGAAAUGGUCCCUGUGAUGUUGGCAGCUGUGAUUCUGAUGGAGAUUUUUCAGGUUAAGGGUGAUGUGUUAAGUAUGUCUCCCAAUACUUUUGAUGACCAAUACCUGAAGUGUGCUAGAAGAAUGGAGACCAAAUUUGUUCCCAAGCUGCUCAUUGAGGAAAAAAGUAAUCAUAAGCACUUCGAUUCUGUGUGGACAGGAGGAGCAUACCAUUGGGAAUUAAAGAAGCCGCAAUUGUUGCUCCCGCCAGGCUUCCUGGAUAACCAUGGCACGGCACUCAUGGUAUACACUUCACAUGCUCAAAGGCAAACUCCCUUUUACCGAGAGUUCAACUCUGCCGUCGAGAGAGCCGGCCUGUCUCGAGAUGAAUAUAUCUACAACUUUCACUUCAAAGCUUUGCACUUUUAUCUCACGAGAGCCUUGCAGCUUCUGAGCAGAGAGUGUGAGGAGAGCUACAGAUAUGUAGCAUAUGCCAAAAGCCAUUUUGCUUUGUCUGGGCCCCAUGGACAUAACGGUAUCAGGUUUUCUCAUUUUACCUCUUGGAAUGACAAACCUGAACCUGUAACCGGCUCCGAAAUCUUGUUCACUGUCUACACAUGUUUUGGCAUUUCUACCAAAAUGUUCUCUGAUUCCGUCAACGGAAGCAUCUUAAUACCUCUGAAUGAGGUUUUUAAACUGACCCAAGAAGGGAAUAAAACCAACUUUAUCUUUAGAAGCAUGAACAAGACCUGCAGCCAUUUCGACUGUGCAUACCUUGGAGGCCUGAAAACAGAAAAUUGUGUUGACAGCACUGGACAACUUAAGUCCAGACACACCUAUUUCCCUGGAUUGAAAUCCAAAGAAAAUGAAGACAAGACCACUGGCCAAAAAAAACAUGAGCCUCAUGAUCCUGAAGAAAUGUAUGAAGGACAAGAGCCUUUUGAAGAUCUUGGUCCAAGAAAUCCAGACUAUUUUGACAAUCCUGCUCCAGCUCUAAUUCCAUUUCCCAGCAUCAACCCCACUCCAGCCUCUGCCUCUGCUUCCGGUGGUGAGAUGCAUCAUCCCCUGGUUGGGAGGUUUAUUCUUCUGAUCAGUGCUUUUAUUUUAACGCUUUUUGCUCAUCUCUGAUUUGUACAGGUUCUUAUUAUUUUAAAAUGCGUUGUAAGGAUAGCUUACUAGAUCUUAACCACUAUUUAAGAAAAUCCCUUUAGGAUGCAAAAUUUUUCUUAUUUUCUACUGAUAAAAAACUAUCUUUCUUUGUGUAAAUAGAAGCCCAGUAUGCUAGUAGCAAGUAUAACUUGGAAUAUUUGUCAAACUUCCACUUGUGGAUUUAUGCAUUAAUCUUAUGAAUGUAUAAACUUGGUGUUUCUGAAAAAAAUUUUAAUAAAAGACAAAGAAAAAUAGAACUAAAAUUUUGGACAAACUUUAAUGUUAAUACUGAUUAGCUCUAAUGACGAUAGCUGGCUUCAAUUACUUUUUUAAAAAUAAUUUAUUCCCUUUCACUGAAUACCUGUUCAAUACCACUAUGUACAAGAUACUGUGCUGGGUAUUUAUGGAGAUACCACUUGUAUGACCUUCAGUCCUUUUCAUUAUAAAAUAAAAGAAUUGGACACUAUUUUCUCUAAGACUCUUUCAAACCCUAACUUUUCUAUCUUCACUAGAUAUGAAGAGGACAUAGUAUUCUUGCCCUCACAGAGCUUUUUCAGUUGGGUAGGGCAAAUAAGAUGUGUACCAGUAAUUAAAAGACUGAGUAGAAUGUUAAACUAUAAGAGAUGGGAGUUAAAAGGAAGCAUGAGAUAGCAUCAGUGCAGCUCAGAAUUGGACCACUCUACCUGCUGACAUAAAUCCCUCUUCAAAGAAUCAUGGCUCUGAAGUGGACUUCAUCAGGCUUAGAGGCCUUGACUAGGAUGCAUUUAUUUUGUAAGUUUGAAUUUAAAGUUUACAGAACCAUUUUUGUUGACUUUCUAUUUAACAAAUAGAUAACCAUUUUGUCAAAAUUGUUAUUCUUCGGAAUGAUCUUAUAACUAUCUGGAGAGACUGAUCAGUGAAGGAAAGAGAGGAUCCUAAGUCUAAUUUCUACUUUGUGUCAAAUGACUUUUUUUUGGUUCUUGAGAAAAUGAAAUAAAUUUAAAUAUUUUCAGUCUA